AUGCGCAGUGCUGCUGUCGUUGGUUUGACGGUGUGUCUUCAGUCCCGUCUCUUCCUCCGCUCACUGCCGCCUCGGAGAGCUUUUCUCUCCGCCGAUCUGCCCUCAGUCACGGCGUCUCUGCGGCGCACCGCGGCCGGGAAGCUUCCUAACGGACUCAUCCGACGUGUGGACGUCUGCAGCGGGCGGGAAAAUAAACCUGCGGAUGGUUUAGUCUCCAGGUGGGGGACCUGGAAACCCGGGCCCGCAGAGGGAGCGGGGAGGAGGCCCCGACGCCCCCUUGUUCUGACCCAGAAAACAGCACCGACGGCCGGGCUGCUUGUCAACUAA